AUUCUGACCUGAGACCUAAACUUUUUCAUAACUGAGUGGACACGGAACAGGAUCUCGCUGCUUCCUUAUUCAGUGUCACUUGUUAGCCAAUCAAACACAGUCCUUCCUCUAACAUUAGAGGACGUACAGAGGGGUUUUACACUCAUUAAGUAAUUUUGAUCGAGAUGGCAUCGCUCAUGUUUGCUUCAUGUCUGACUUGUCUUUUGGUUUGGAACAAAGCCUUGGCAACAGAUCCUAAAGUGUCUAUUCGUCAAGACGGAGGUUUGAUAUUGGCUGAUGCUGGUGGCACAGUGACUUUACGAUGUUUCUAUGAAUGUAACACUCAAGCGAUGUUUCACUGGUAUAAACAAACUUUAGGUCAGAAACCAAAUCUGAUUUCUACCUUCUUUGUAAGUGAUACAACUGGCACCUUUCAAGGUGACUUCAAAAACAAUUCACGAUUUCUACUGGAAACUAAAAAUGGUACUUACCACUUAACAAUCUCAGAUUUAUGUAUUUCAGACUCAGCUACUUAUUUUUGUGCCAGUAUCUUUAAAUACAACUUUGAAUUUGCUGAGGGCGUCACAGUCAGUGUUAAGGGUUCAGACUCCAACAUCCCGGCUCUGGUGCAUCAGUCGGUGUCUGGGAGCAUCCAGCCAGGAGGCUCUGUGACUCUGAACUGUUUAGUACAAACUGGGACCUGUGAUGGACAACACAGCGUUUACUGGUUCAAAGACUCUGAAGAAGCUUGUCCAGGAAUUAUUUACACCCACGGAGACAGAAAUGAUCAGUGUGAGAGGAAACCAGACACACGGACACACACCUGUGUCUACAACCUGCCUCUGGAAAGCCUUAAUGCUUCUCAUGCUGGGACCUACUACUGCGCUGUCGCCUCAUGUGGACACAUUCUGUUUGGAAAUGGGACCAAUCUGGACCUCAGGUCAGAUGCAGUCUCUCCUGUCCUAGUGUAUUUCUUGGGUGGGGCUUUGGUGUUGACCACCACCCUGACUGGGUUACUAACAGUAUUAGUGUACAGACUUCAUAAAGCGAAGAGCUGCAAAUAUACAGAUUCUCAAGCUUCUUCCACAGUAAAUGCAGAGGGUGAUCAAGAUGCAGAGAACCUCCAUUAUGCUGCUUUAAGGACACAAAGGUUCAGAGUGACCAGAAACCAGACGAAUGAAGCUGACUGUGUGUAUUCCACUGUCAAACUGUAGAAUUGAUCAUUAUAUAUUUUGUAUGUAUUUCACAUACUGUAGUAUACUGUAUCUUUAGACCACUUUACAUUACGUAUAUUUCUUUAUAAUUUUAUGUGUAAUUUCCAGUUUCUGUAACGGAAAAGCUCAAUCACUUGACUCAUUGUGGGUUGAAAGGAACUACUUGAAGAAGAAUAUGCAGAGGAGAGAGGAUUUAACAUAUCAGCACUGUCACCUCUGACCCUCAGUGCUGCACUGCUGAACGCAUUGAUGGGUGUUGUAUGUAUACAUCAAAAACACCCAGUGUUCUGGUACCUGCACCUGUUGCAGAUGACGCUACAACCACUGUGAGGUCUUUUUAUAGUUCUCUUUGCGGUCUGCAAUCAAAAGAUGAGUAGUCCGCGCUUCUUUGGGGGUCUUUGUGCAUGUGGUUUAACUUUUUUCUUCUCUUUUGAACUAAAAUGACAAUCCAACAAUCUUUUUUUAUUAGUAUUAUUAUUUGACUGCUGUUAAAAUUUACCACCAAUGUACGUUGUGAAUGAAGAAGUCAUGAAGUAAACCCUGAUAUUUGCAGCAGGAUUAAAAAGUGUUUGCUCUUUUAGAUCUUUUUUAGGAGAGUGAAGACACAUGUCAACUUGCUAAAGCAGGUGAACUCUGAUCAGGUAGUUCUCAUGGAAAAUCUUGUUCAUUAAAAAGGUAUCAAAUAACA